UCUUUCACGUUGUUGCUUUGCUUGAACUGUAAGCACACCGAGGCAUAUGGUGGGUCUUCUGAAAAUCAAAUGGAAUAACCAAAAACCAAAGGCCAAAAGCAAUUAUAUCCUUUGCUUCACUCACGUAUCCUCUUUCAUCUGAGAGUAACUGAUAUGUUCCCGAUUCCCCCCAAAUUCGAGGCCUCACAACGGUUAUCAACCGCCUCCGGCUCGGUCCGCAACGCCCAUCCAUGUUAGAAUUUUCAAAAAUAAUUUGUUAUUCAAACUUCAACGUUCAAAAAGGGUUUUUUUGUUGCUUGAGGUGUCUUAGAUUGGGUUGUGCUUUGACAGGGAGGAAUUUGUAAUUAGUUCUAUCUAUGGGUGUUUAGUGAUUUUUGGGGGAUCUGGUUGGGUGUGGAUUGUAGAGAGAUAUGGAGCCUCCAAGGGGUUUUUUGGCUUCUUUAUGGAACUUCAUUUGCUUUCUACCUUACUUCAUUGGGCUUUUGUUUCUGGGCACCAUUAAAGGUAUCAUUUUCUGCCCAUUCAUAUGCCUAGUCAUGACAAUUGGAAACUCUGCCAUCAUACUGGGUCUUUGGCCAUUUCAUACAGUCGGGACAUAUUAUAGCAUUGUGAGAGCAAAACAGUUAGGCCCGGUUUUGAAGCUGGUUCUCUGCUUAUUCUUGCCAGUUCUCUUGAUUUUAUGGCCGGUGAUUGGCAUUGUUGGGAGUGUCAUUGGUGGAGUAUUAUACGGCUUUCUUUCACCAAUAUUUGCAACCUUUGAUGCUGUUGGAGAAGGGAAGAGUAACCAGCUUUUACACUGUUUCUAUGAUGGAACUAUAAGCACUGUCAAAGGGAGUUUCACUGUGGUCAGGGAUUUUGGAGAUGUUUGUUAUCAUUCCUACUUCUCAAUCUUGGAUGACCUACGAAAUCAAGAGCCUCCUGAUGGGAAAUAUCUUGAGAUCAGAUUGUUGUAUCUUUUUGGAGCUGUUGUAGUUGCCACGCUUGGUAUCGUGGUCGAUUAUCCAAUGAUCUCACUUAUUGCACUCUUCAAAAGCCCAUACAUGCUUUUUAAGGGUUGGCAUCGUUUGUUCCAUGACCUUAUAGGUCGGGAAGGCCCUUUCCUGGAGACAAUAUGUGUACCGUUUGCCGGUCUUGCUAUCCUAUUGUGGCCAUUGGCUGUCGUUGGGGCAGUGUUGGGCUCCGUAGUGUCUAGCAUCUUCCUUGGUGCUUAUGCAGGGAUUGUUGUUUAUCAGGAGUCCUCUUUUUGGUUUGGACUUAGCUAUAUUGUUGCUUCUCUGGCAAUUUAUGAUGAAUACAGCAACGACAUUCUCGACAUGCCUGAAGGAUCUUGCUUUCCUAGGCCUCGGUAUCGAAAGAAGGUUGCGAUGUCCAGGACCGCCUCUCACACUUCUUCUUUCUCAAGGCCCAACUCAUUCAAGCGUCACCCCUCUCGCUCUGGAUCGCUUAAGAAUCCCAUGAUUGACUUGAAGCCCCUGGAGCUACUUGAGAGCUUGUUUAAAGAAAGUCGACGCCGUGGUGAAAUUUUCGUUUCUGGAGGAGUAAUAACACCGGAAGACAUUGAAGAUGCCAAAUCAGAUGAUGGCAGCAAGGUGAUUAGCAUUGGAUUACCUGCUUACUGCCUUCUACAGGCGCUAUUGCGUUCUGUAAAUGCCAAUUCUUCGGGUAUAUUGUUGAGUGACGAAGUUACAGAGAUUACGACUACAAACCGACCUAAGGACACCGUCUUCGAUUGGUUUCUCAACCCCUUUUUAAUUAUCAAAGAACAGAUAAAAGCAGUAAAACUCUCAACAGAAGAGGAGGACUACCUUGGCAAAUUAGUUCUUUUAAAUGGUGAUCCCGAGAGGUUGAAAAACUCAUUUGUUGGCUCACCACCCGAAUCUGAGCGUAGGCGAGCCGAACUCGAUGCAUUAGCCAGAAGGCUUCGAGGGAUCACCAAAUCUGUCUCGCGGUAUCCCACAUUCCGACGCCAUUUUGAUAGUUUGGUGAAGACCCUAUCGGAAGAUCUUGCGAAAAAGGAUGGUGGCAGCAGCUCACUCAAUGGGCCUCAAAGAGUUUCAAGAUCAAAGAGUGCCUUCGCGCGGAUGUUCAGUUCGAACUCUUUUAAAGGCAGAAGUAACAACAAUGGAUCUGACCAAGAGUCAGUGUCACAAUCAGUGGUAGCAAGGGAUGUGGACAUUGCAUAAUUAGGAACCAUACUUAGCAAUUGCAAUUGUAGAUAAAAAUGAGGCUUGUUCCCUUUAAGGAUGUUAGAAAAUGUGUGGAUUCCUGGAUUUGAUUUGAUUCGAGUGAUUUGUUCUGAUCUUCCAAAUAGUUCAGCAACUUUGUUUUUGUUUUUUUUGGUAAGUGUACUUAAUUUGUGACAAUUGCUUCACAAUAAUUUUAUAUAUUUAUACUAUGGAUCCGUUUGGGGCUCCGUUUU